AUGGUUGUUUCCGUUGUCAAGUAUGCUUCCAUAUCGGUCGCGGCACUCGUUGGGUUUUACGCAGCACUUUUGGGGCUUCUCACGACGUCCACAUUUCAGUCCCAUGCGGUGUACCUGCAUGCAGUUCAGAUGACAUGGUUCAAGGAUCUCGAUGUCCCCGAGACCUUUGGUUUUCUAAGAAAUCAGGUGACACCGUUCUCGGUACAGACGAUUGACGGCGAACAGCUGCAUGCUUGGCACAUUCUCCCCGUGGGGUUGUAUCGUAAGCACGAACUGUCUCUCGCUGCAGAGCCAGCCGGUUUCGCCGGGGACAUCACCCGCCGGCUCGCGUUCCAACUACUUCGCGACGACCCCGAAGCCCGGCUGGUCCUUCACCUGCACGGCGCUGGAGGCACGGUCGGUUCCGGCUACAGGGUCCCCAACUACCGUGCGCUGUCCGCGGGGCAGCCGGGCAAGAUACAUGUUUUGACAUUCGACUAUCGAGGAUUUGGACGGAGCACCGGGAAGCCGUCGGAAAGCGGACUCGUCACCGAUGCGCUGGCUGUCGUGGACUGGGCGAUGAAUGUCGCAGGCAUACCGCCGUCACGCAUUGUCGUCUUUGCGCAGUCGAUGGGGACCGCUGUGAGCAUCGCUCUAUCAGAGCGCCUUGCUUUGCAACCGCAGCCUGUGGUCUUUGCAGGCACAGUCCUUGUCGCGCCAUUUGUCGAUGUGGCAACGUUGGUAGCGACAUAUCGUGUGGCAGGUACCGUGCCGAUUUUGUCACCGCUCGCACGAUUCCCCUGGUUAUUUAAAUCUCUUCAACACUUUAUCAAGGACAAAUGGCCAAACAAAGACCGCAUUGCACAAUAUGUUCGUGCCAACGAGCAGCAGAAAACAGAUUACCGUCUGACCAUCAUCCACGCAAAGGACGACUACGAUAUUCCAUGGGAUCACACACCGGCCCUUUUCUGGCAUGCCGUCAAUGCUUCUGUCCCUUCUGGCAUCAGCCAAGAUGAACUCGAACAGAGAAAAUUGGACGAAAGACGGGAUCUCGGAGCCGCCGGAUCCGUCAUGGAAUGGCGGACAGAGUAUGGUGUGAUUCGAGAAGAAAUCCUGGAGACGGGUUUGCAUGAUGUGGUCAUGGGCUACCCUGUAAUAACGAUGGCUGUCAUGCGCUCCUUUGAAGCUGCGGAUCCGACAUUUAAGUCUUAA